AUGGCAAAGAACAUUUUUGAUGCUAUAGACGAUGGCUUAUUGCGUGACGAUGAAGUUGUGGACAAAGAAGAGUUGAUAUCUCGUAUGAUAUGGAAUAAUAAUAAAAUUAUUGCAUACUAUGAACAACAAAUACAACAACAACAAUCAUUUUAUCGCGAUGCAAUUCCAGGUCAUAUUGUGAUAAAUCGAAAUUGUGAAGUGGCGGAUCAGAAUCUAUUCAAUGAUUAUUUUUCAGAUAAUCUGAUGCUGAGGAUAUAUUUCGACGACGAUAUCGAAUGUCUCGAGAUUUGUUCCUGUAAAUUGUGGAGGCAACAUGGUUUAUCAACUUUGCAAAAAGUAUCAACUAUAUUUCGAAUGCUAGCAUAUGAUCUACAUGCAUAUGCAACUGACGAAUAUGUGAAAAUUGGCGAAUCAACGACAAUUGGAAGUAUAAAGCGUUUUUGUCGUGCUAUUGUGGAGAUUUUUUCUGACAAAUAUCUGAGAUCACCAAAUGCUAGUGACAUUGCUCGGUUACUCCAUAUUGGUGAACAACGUGGUUUUCCUAGAAUGCUGAGUACUUUAGAUUGCAUGCAUUGA